CGUUUCGAUUUUUGUAAAAUUACGAAAACGACGACACGUACAUGACUACAUUUUAAUCUUUUUAAAUUAAUUAAAUUAAUAAAUAUUAAGUUUAUACAGUAAUGUUUAAAUAUUCUUAAACUACUGAACCCUAUUGUUUUUAUUUUUUUACAAUAAAUAGUUUAUAAAAGUAACAAUGAAAUGUUUAUUGUUUGUGUUUUGUAUUGUUUACGUGUCAGGGACACUGUCACCACAAUCGGAAAAGACUGUGAAGAAGGAGAAAAACAAAGUAGAAAAUAAAAAAGGUCCUGUUGAUCAGGAUGUGUUUGACAGAGGUUUAGUGAGAAAUGAUUCCAAAGCCCACGAUAUUUUAAGAGAAUCUGGUCUUUAUUUUAAAGACACUGAGAGAAAACGAUUUUCAGGCGAUGUUCUUGGCUACAUUACACCGUGGAAUGGUCAUGGAUAUGAUGUGGGAAAAUUAUUUCCAAAAAAAUUUACGUCGCUUUCUCCUGUUUGGUUUUCAUUGCCACCCAGUAAAAGUGGUUCAAAAUUCACCCUAUCGACUCAUGAUGUACAAAAGAAAUGGUUAAAUGAGAUUAAACUCACAGGAAAAGAAGAUAAUAAUGUCAAGAUUCUACCUCGAGUUCUUUUUGAAAAUUGGUCAUUUAAAGAGGUUUCUGAUCUGCAUUUAAAUAAAGAUACAAUGGUGCAAUUAAUAAAAACUCUUAGCAAAACUGCUGAGACAUAUCAAUUAGAUGGAUAUGUGUUUGAGAUUUGGACGCAGUUUUUAUUUAUGGGAGUGAAUCGAAUAGUUAUCACUGAAAUUGUAAAAGAAAUUGCGGAUGCAUUGAAGGAUAGAGAAUUGGAUACGAUUCUAGUUGUUCCACCUUGGAGAGAAAGCGGCGAAGAAAUGUUUAAAAAGAAACAUUUUGAUCUUCUAUCGUCAAGCAUCACUGCAUUUUCAUUAAUGACAUACGAUUAUUCAAAUUUUGAAUAUCCGGGUCCAAAUGCACCUGUGAGUUGGAUUAAAAAAUGCGUCAAGGCACUUGUUCACGAUAAUAAAGAUCCAAAAAGAGCACAAAUUCUCAUGGGACUGAAUUUCUAUGGGAAUAAUUAUACACCAGAAGGAGGUGGUGCAAUUGUCGGUUCACAAUAUCUUCAACUUCUUGAAUCUUAUAAAGGAAAAUUAAAGUGGGAUGAGAAAGCCAAGGAAAACUUUUUCGAAAUAAAAAACAGAAAUCCAGGAUAUGUUUUCUAUCCAACAUUGUAUUCAAUAGAGCAAAGACUGAAACUCGCUGAGAAAUUGGGCACUGGAAUUGCCAUUUGGGAAUUGGGACAGGGUCUCGAUUAUUUUUACGAUUUACUUUGAGAAUAUUAUCUUAAAUUGUUAAUUAUAAGAAAGAAACUCUAAUAAUAAAGUUAUUUCGGUUACAUAAAA